AGUGGUCGAGUCUAGAGUCUGCAGUAGAGCAGGGGGGCGUGACAAGAGCCUCAGUGUGUGUGUGUGUGUGUGUGUGUGUGUGUGUGUGUGUUUAGGGGGGUGUCCUAUGGAGAGCCAGCGAGCGAAAAAAAAAAAGCCCGCUGGCACCGAUCCGACUGACUGAGAGCCGCGGGUCCGUGCGCGAGAUGAGCGGGUCCGAGCGGGUGUUUUAACGGAAUGACGGCGGAUCGGAUCGUGUUUCAGCAGAAGGAGGAGAGCCGGUAGACACGCUCCAGCCCCGGGGAACCGAAGAGAGAGAGAGAGGCAGAGGCCGGGGAAUCAUGCGGGGUCCUGCGCUCCGGCUGCUGGGACUUGUGUGGCACCUCUCCGCGCUUUUACGCACCGCGCACACGUACAAACUCCACCACAAACAAGAGAGCUUCAUCAGACAGCUGUCGUCGUAUGAGAUCGUCACGCCAGUGCGCUUGAAUGAUUUUGGCGAGUCGUUCCCGCACCGACAGCAUUACCGCAGGAGAAGGCGUAGCGCCGACGCUGAGAUCUCCAGGGCUCAUUACCGGAUCGAGGCGUUCGGUCAGGCCUUUCACCUCAACCUGACGGCUGAUUCGGGAUUCAUCGCUCCGGCCUACUCGGUGCUCCAUCUGGGAGACGAGGAGAAGCGCGGAGACGACCUGCGCCACUGUUUCUUCAGAGGACACGUCAACGCCCGCAGCGAACACCACGCCGUCUUCAGCCUCUGCACGGGACUAAUCGGCACGUUCACGACACACAGCGGUCAGGUGUUCCUGGAGCCACUGCUGAGCGCUGAUGAAGACGAGUAUGAGGAAGAGCACAACAAACCUCACCUGGUCUACAGACACGCCGACACCAGGUCACAUGACACCGGGUCACAUGACACGCAGCCGUGCACCUCCUCAGAACAUCACGACAACGAUCACAUCAGUCUCCAUAGCAACAGAACUCUGGAAGAGGAAGUGAUGUCGAUACAGGAAACAAUGCGGAAGCGCUCAGCUCGUUCCCGAGAGGAUUCCAGCGCUCCCCGUUCACGCAAGAAGCGUUUCCUAUCGUACCCGCGCUUCGUGGAGCUCAUGGUCACGGCCGACACCAAGAUGCUCCGGCACCACGGCCCAAACCUCGAGCACUACAUACUCACAAUCAUGUCAGUAGUUGCUGCGAUCUACAGAGACCCCAGUGUAGGAAACCUCAUCAACAUCAUGAUUGUCAAACUCAUCGUCAUACAUAAUGAACAGGAAGGACCGAAUAUAAACUUCUACGCCACUGCGACACUUCAUAACUUCUGCACGUGGCAACAAAGCCACAAUGUUUUGGACGACAGUCACCCGGGUCAUCAUGACACGGCCCUUCUCAUAACCAGGCAGGACAUCUGUCGAGCAAAAGACAAGUGUGACACGUUAGGUUUGGCGGAGCUGGGAACGAUGUGCGACCCGUACCGGAGCUGCUCCAUCAGCGAGGAGAACGGCCUGAGCUCUUCCUUCACCAUCGCUCACGAGCUGGGACACGUGUUCAACAUGCCGCAUGACGACAGUCCGAAGUGCCGAGAGAACGGAGUAAAGCACCAGUUCCACGUCAUGGCUCCGAUCCUCAACUACGACACCAGCCCCUGGUCCUGGUCCAAAUGCAGCCGAAAACACGUCACGGACUUCCUGGACACCGGUUAUGGUGAAUGUCUCCUGGACGAGCCCUCAGGCCGGACGUAUAACCUUCCCAACCAGCUGCCAGGUCAACUCUACAACGCCAACCGGCAGUGUGAACUCAUGUUCGGUCCCGGCUACCAAGUCUGUCCGUUCAUGAAACAGUGCAAGCGUCUCUGGUGCACCAGUGCGGAGGGCGAUGUCGGAUGUCGUACGCAACACAUGCCUCUCGCUGAUGGGACCGAAUGUGGCUAUGGAAUGCACUGCAGGCACGGCAUGUGUGUGAAUAAGGAGAUGGACAUGAAGCCGGUUCAUGGUGAGUGGGGCCCCUGGGGGCCGUACAGUGUGUGUUCCAGAACCUGUGGAGGAGGGACUCGCAGCACAACCAGAGACUGCAAUAGACCUGAGCCGAGGAACGGAGGGCUUUUCUGUGUGGGCCGCAGGAUGAGGUUCCGCUCGUGUCAGACGGAUCCGUGUCCCCGGGGCCCGAGGGACUUCAGGGAAGAGCAGUGCGCGCAGUUCGACGGGAAACACUUCAACAUCAACGGACUCCCGCCAACCGUCCGCUGGGUGCCGAAGUACAGCGGCAUUCUGAUGAAAGAUCGCUGUAAACUUUUCUGUCGUGUCACGGGGACGAUGGCGUACUAUCAGCUGAGGGAUCGAGUCGUUGAUGGAACACCGUGUGGACCAGACACAUAUGACAUCUGUGUACAAGGCCUCUGUCGGCAAGCAGGUUGUGACCACAUUUUGAACUCAAAGGCAAGAAAUGAUAAGUGUGGUGUCUGUGGAGGAGACAACUCGUCAUGUAAGACAAUCGCUGGAACCUUCAACAACGCACAAUAUGGUUAUAACGUUGUGGUUCGGAUUCCUGCUGGUGCGACCAACAUAGAUGUAAAGCAGGUCAGCUACUCAGGAUCACCAGAAGAUGAUAACUACCUCGCUCUGUCUGACAGUCAGUCCAACUUUCUCCUGAACGGGAACUUUGUGGUGUCCAUGUUUAAAAGGGAAAUCACCUUUAAGGGAGCAGAGAUUGAGUACAGCGGAUCCAACACUACAGUGGAACGGAUCAACUGCACACAACGGAUUGAGGAGGAGCUCGUGCUGCAGGUGCUGUGCGUGGGAAACCUGUAUAAUCCUGACGUCAGAUAUUCCUUCAGUAUUCCCUUCGAGGAACAGCGGGAGCAGUUCGGCUGGGAUCCGGCAGGCCCGUGGCAGGAGUGCAGUCGCAUGUGUCAAGGUGAGCGGCGACGGAAGGCGGUGUGUGUUCGUAAGAGCGAUCACCUGGUGGUUUCGGAUCAGAGGUGUGAGUAUCUUCCUCGACCCAGAGGAGCGACGGAGCCCUGCAAUAGCGACUGCGAACUCAGGUGGCACGUGGCGGGCCGCAGCGACUGCUCCAGUAAGUGUGGUCCGGGCUCCCGUACGCUGGACGUGGUGUGUAUGCGCUACAGUCAGAGCAAGAGUGUGAGUGAGCGUGUGGAGAGCCGUGCCUGCGCAGACCUGCCCAAACCACAGACUCGAGAGGCCUGUCACGGAGACUGUCUGCUCAAGAGCUGGCAAUACAGCGCCUGGUCUCAGUGCUCGAGGAGCUGUGGACGAGGCGUUCGGACGAGACAGGCGUUCUGUAUGAACAAUCUGGGCCGGCGGCUGGCGGAGCGAGAGUGUGACGAUCAGAGAGUCGUGAGUGAACCCUGCAGUGACGUGCCCUGUCCCGACUGGAGCGCCAGCCCGUGGAGCGAGUGUCUGGCGACGUGUGGGAAGGGCGUGCGACACCGGCAGGUGCAGUGCAUUCUGGGAGACGAGCAGCUGAGUGAGCAGCGCUGUGACCCGAGCACCAAACCCUCGGCGCUGGGCGUCUGUGAGCGUCCCGAAUGUGCGUCCUGGCAGACCGGAGGCUGGAGUCCGUGUACGGUGAGCUGCGGUCAGGGGUAUCAGAUGCGUGCGGUGAGGUGUGUGUCGGGAGCGUACCGUGAGACGCUGGACGACAGGGAGUGUAACGCGGCCGCCAGACCUCGAGACAGUCAGGACUGUGAGUUGUCGGUUUGUCCUCGCUCAGCAUCAGUGUUUAACACACCAAGACCAGCAGAACCGGGUCAACGGCACACACAGUGGAGAUACGGGUCAUGGACGACCUGCUCGGUGUCGUGUGGUGAGGGCCGGCGUGAGCGUUACGUCAGCUGUAGAGAUGCUCAGGGUGGAGUUGCUGAAGACUCGUCCUGUUCUCUCCUGCCUCGACCCGCAGACUCUACUGUGUGUUUCAGUCCCUGUGGACAGUGGAGGGACGGAGAGUGGACACCGUGUUCGGUGUCGUGUGGUGUGGGUCGGUCCACGCGGCGGGUUGUGUGUAUGAAUCAUCACCAUCAGGUGGACGAGUCGUUCUGUGUCUCGGACGAGCGUCCCAGCACUGAGCAGGAGUGUGUGUCAGCGCCCUGCCAAUCCUCCUACCACUGGCCCAACAACCAGCCCUACUUCCCCCCCGACCCCAGCAGCCACAGCUGGAACGUCCCCGCAGAGAACCAGUGGAGGACCGGCCCGUGGGGAGCGUGUUCCAGCACGUGUGAAGGCGGAUCUCAGCGACGGGUCGUGGUCUGUCAGGACGCUGACGGCCGAAGCACCAAUCACUGCGACGAGAGGGUCAAACCCGACCAAUCGAAGAGCUGCGACUCGGGACCCUGUCCUCACUGGAACUACGGCGUCUGGGGAGAGUGCACGAGCUCGUGUGGUGGCGGUCAGCGGACUCGACUGGUGGUUUGCCAGCGUCCGACCGGUCAGCGAUUGAGCGAGCAGAACUGUGAUGUUCUGGAGAAACCUCUGGAUGUGGAGCAGUGCAACGGCCAGCCCUGUCCCGGCUCGCUGUGGCUCAGACGCCCGUGGAAGCCGUGUUCGGUGUCCUGUGGGAAGGGAAUGAAAGAGCGACAGAUCGUGUGUGUGGACCAGAAUCAGACCCAGAUGGAGGACGAGGCCUGCGCUCAUCAGAACCGGCCCAGAACACAGAAGGCCUGCAGGGCGGGACCCUGCCCCGGCUGGAGAGCCAAUCAGUGGAGAGCGUGUUCGGUGAGCUGUGGCGCUGGCGUUCAGUCCCGCGAGGUCUUCUGCAGGUUAAAGGUCAGAGGUCAGGUCAGGGAUGACCUGUGUGACGAGCGUGUGCGUCCCGUGUCGAUCCGCUCCUGCUUCCUCACCGGGUGUCACACACACAGCUGGACGGCUCACGGGUGGCGGGACUGUAACGCCACCUGUGGACGAGGCGUAAGGUCCAGGUCAGUGAUUUGUCUGGAAGGAGGGAUGAACGUGGUUCCUGAUCGUGUGUGUGACGCCUCAGCCAAACCUCACACACACGAGCCGUGUCACAGCGCCACCUGUCAGCACGUGUGGGUCACUGCAGCCUGGAGUCAGUGUUCGGUGAGCUGCGGCUCUGGACUCCAGCACCGGGCGGUUCGUUGCUCUGCCGUGACCUCUGACCUCCGGCUGACCUCUGACCUCCAGCUGACCUCUGACCUGCAGUCGUUCUCUCAGUGCAGCGAGCGCCGGCCGACCGACAGCAGACCCUGUCGACUCCCAGCCUGUCCAUCAGCUGGAGCCUGGAGCGCCGGCCCCUGGAGUCAGUGCUCUCAGACGUGCGGCGCUGGAAUAAUGCGGAGGACGGUGGAGUGUGUCGGCGCUGAGACCUGCUCAUCGUCCAGCCGGCCCGAGUCCAGCGCCACCUGCAGGCAGACCGACUGUGAACUCCUCUCCAGCUGCCGGCAGCUCCAGGUGAAGGGAGGCAUCAGAAGAGACGGAGAACAUCACAUCACAGUUCGCUCCAAGAUCCUGCGCGUUUACUGUGCCGAGAUGCACAGCGCUUUCCCGAAGGAGUACGUGACGCUGCGCAGCGGCCAGACCGACAACUACUCAGAGGUGUACGGGUACAGGCUCCAGAACCCGUUUGAGUGCCCGUAUAACGGCAGCCGUCGGCAGGACUGCGAGUGCAGGAACGACUACUCUUCGGCCGGUUACACCGUGUUCCAGCGCGUGCGGCUCCAUCUGCCCACGCUGCGCAUCAUCACGGCUGAUGUGAGGUUCAGUCAGACGCUGUUUGGUCGCGCGGUGCCGUUCGCGUCCGCUGGAGACUGUUACAGCGCGGCUAAAUGUCCUCAGGGUCAGUUCAGUAUAAAUCUCAGUGGAACGGGACUGAAGGUCGCAGAAUCCACUAAAUGGGUUUCUCAAGGCAACUACGUCACGCUCAAAGUUCACCGCUCAGAGGACGGCAGCAGAAUCUACGGGCGCUGUGGGGGUUUCUGUGGGAAAUGUCUUCCUCAUCCUCAUACGGGACUUUCUGUCGAAAUCCAGUGAGAGAAAC